ACAAAAAAAAAAAAAAAAGAACUCAGUUCAAUUCCCAGUGUUCGCGACGUACAGGGCAGAGCACCAGAGAGGGGAGAAGCCAUGGCGAAGGAGAGAGAGCUACUUGUUUACUCUGCAAGACUAGCAGAACAAGCCGAGAGAUACGAAGAUAUGGUUGAGGAAAUGAAGAAAGUUGCCAAGUUAAAUGUGGAAUUGACAGUGGAAGAGAGGAAUCUGCUGUCUAUUGGCUAUAAGAAUGUAAUAGGAGCUAGACGAGCUUCAUGGCGUAUUUUGUCUUCAAUUGAACAGAAGGAGGGUGCCAAACAUAAUGAGAAGAAUGUGGAACGGAUAAUUGGGUACAGGCGUAGGGUUGAGGAUGAACUCUCUAAAAUAUGCAGUGACAUAUUAUCAAUUAUUGAUGAGCAUCUCCUUCCACACUCCUCUGCCGGAGAGUCCACUGUAUUCUACCAUAAGAUGAAAGGAGAUUAUUGUCGCUAUUUGGCCGAGUUUAAAUCUGAUGAUGAUGAGCGUAAAAAAAUUGCAGAUCAGUCAUUGAAGGCUUAUGAGGCUGCUUCUGCUAUUGCUACCUCUGAUUUGCCUCCAACUCAUCCUAUAAGACUUGGCUUGGCUCUGAACUUCUCUGUUUUCUACUAUGAGAUUUUGAAUUCCCCUGAAAGGGCUUGCCACCUUGCUAAGCAUGCCUUUGAUGAGGCCAUUGCCGAACUUGACAGUCUCAAUGAAGACUCCUACAAGGACAGUACCCUUAUCAUGCAGCUUCUUAGGGACAAUCUCACUCUGUGGACUUCAGAUCUGCCUGAUGAAGGAGGAGAGCAGUCCAAUGCUGAUGAAGUUUAGGUAGAGAUUUAAUCAACACGACACUUGCUUCCGGUGGCUGAACGAUGAGAAGGCAGACCCGCACAAUUUCAUAGAAUAAAAGCUUUAUCCUUAAGGGCACCACCACCAAAGGCUGGAAUUGAACGAGAAGCUAUAUGAAACGACACCUUGUAAGCUGUCAAACAGUGCAGAAAUAGGUGAUCUACCGCUUCAACACAUAAUAAAAACAGAGGGAGAAAGAGUCCAAUGGGGGAGAUUUUUCUUAAGCUUCUCUGCCAUGUUAAUCCUCUGUAGAACUCAUGAAAACCUUCAAGGAUUGAGCCUUGUUGUAUCGCCUGCCAUUUAAUAAUUAAAAUUUUUAUAUUCA